AUGGAAGGUGCCCCAACUGCCGUGCAGCGAUACACCAUCUGCCUCGCGAACCUAGCAUCGCUGCACGUUGUCAAGAGCUCGGGAUCGCCCUGGAGCCUGCCCCUGCCAGGGCUCCGCCGCGCAGCACUCGGAACCCGCUCACGUGCGCGCGGUCUGCUGCCGCCGUCUGGCUGGGCCUGCAAUGGGGUUCGUCGAGUUGCCUGGCAGUCGUAUGCACUGGGCGCCCGUGGCGCACCGAGGGCCCAGCGGCAUCGCAAGUCGACAGCAGUGUGGCUCUGCACGCGUUGCUCCAACGAGCUGGCAUGGGAGCGUGUUCGGGUGCCAGGCCCGGCCCCCGCCUGCAUGCGGUGCAACGUACCCAUGCUGUGGGAGGUGGACAUGAACCAACGCAGCGAACGGUGGGUGUGCAAUCGAUGCACCGCUGCAGGACCGCCGCGGGCGCUGACGCUCCACGAUACUGCCCAGCCAACUACCACUCCCACUCCAGUGCCGGCGCCGCCACCCGCCCCCCCGCCCGCGCACGCAGCCGCCACCGACCUGGCCCAAGUGCCUCCCCCGUCGCUGCCCUUCACCCAGCAUACUAACUCGCGCUUUUACGUGCCUUUGCUGCUCCACGCAGCUGGCAUGGUUUCGCCUGAGACGCGAGCCGCAUGGACCGCCGAGGCUUCCAUUGGAGCCUGGUGGCGAUGCCAGGUCGAGGCAGCGUCAGCCCGCCCAUUUCUCCCCGUGCACGACACAAUCGCCGCCAUCGCGCUCGUCGCACAAGCCCGCGGGGACGACCUCAGCCAGUCAGCCCCAUACCAGCGCCUGGCGGCGUGGGCGGCGUCUCGCGCCUCUGGUGCCGAGUCACUCAGCGUCAUGCUGCGCGUCCUCGCGGUGCCUGCGGAGGGCCACAAGAACACCUGCUCACCCUGUUGCUGGGCCAACACGGCCAUGCCCGCAACCUCAACGCCAAGUGCUGGCACCCCGCGACCCCGGGUUGCAUUGACAGGCGAGCAAGGGGCCCAAGCAGCUGACGACUGCAUCGACGCAGUGCCCCGGGGCCUUCCCACCGACGACAACGACCCUGCCGGAGCUUCGCAGGGAGGCGCAGGCCGCUCCGCCCUUGCUGGCAUCCCGGCUCUUGCGUGGUCCAGCCUCGAUGCUGUCGACCUCGCUGCCGAGUUCGGCACGCCCGUGCCUACCAUGCAGAGUGUGCCGGCGUUCCUGCGAGCGGGCGUGCGACAAGCGUUCGUCUUCGCCUUGCGACCUCUACGAGAAGCGUACAGGCGUGGCGCGGCCCCCCCGCAGACCCGCGCUUGGAAACUGUUCCUGCUUUCUCCGCGGUUGCUGCUCCACCGCGCUCGCGAACCGGGCACGGUCGGACGCGAAGCCCUUCUGCAGCGCACGCGGGACUUCCUCGCUGGACGAUGGGACGCCUUGUUGGGGGCAGCGCGAGCAGCAGCAGGCGUGCCACGCACCAACCGCACAGCCGCGGUCCCCGAUGCUGCCGGGGAGGAGGCUGCACGUGCCCGGCGCCGGGAACUUGCCUGUGCCAACGUGUGGAGGGGCGAAGUCUCCCGAGCGCGAGGCGCAGCCAUCGUGCCGGGCACGGACGACACUUUCGCCGCCUUGUCCGACCCGGCGCGGCGCCCGCCGGGCGGCCCUGCAACCCGUGCCUGCGGACAUCCUCAACUUUCAGCCCGCCUCGCCGCCCGUGCUCACCGACGCCGCCGUCGCUCAAGCUCUGCGGACCGCCAGGCGUGGCACCGCUGCUGGACUGUCGGGUGCCACGUGUGA